GAGAGCGCGCGCGUGUGUGCAGACAGAGUGAUGGAGGCACGAGCGCGGCGUGCAUCAAAAUACCAAAAGCAGCACGGUGACCACCGAUUCGAGCCCACGCGACCCCUGCAAACCACGCAACAGCAGCGGAAAUAAGGAGCAUCAUACACGCGCGCCUCGCGCACCGCCAUCUCCGCGUGUAGCAUGGCGGACUGAAAAAUGUCGAGCGUUACAAAAACAGCAGCAGAAGCAGCGCGAGCGCAGAGCGGCGACGGCGACGUCACACUCCGUCGGAGCGGCGGCGGCGACGGCGGCCAGGCACGCGACACUACCACUGACUGAAAACGGCGGCGCGCAUAUUUUCCCGGGAAAGAUAAGAGGGAGGAAAAAAACUGCGACAUUAAUAUUAACGUCGAUGACGCUGCUGCGCUCGUGCGCGCUCGCUCGCUCUCCUCCGUUCAUCGCGGUUAAACGGUGAGGAGGCGGGGAUGUGACGAGCCGCCUCUCCGGUUCACACACCGGCGAGCCCGCUGCUCUCUCUCUCUCUCUCUCUCUCUCUGUUUUUCUGUUUUCGUUUUUUUUCCCGCCCCGCACCGUCGCAGUGAGGCUGAGGGGACGGAUACACUGACAGAUACCGGAGCCGUUCCCCCCGCUCGCCGGUUCUGCUGGAGGGCGAGCGGCUGGUGGACCGGGGGAUGUCUGUGUUGACGCGGUUUUACCGAGAGACGCAGUUUCUGAUUUCUGUGUUUUUCCCAGCGAGUGGAGACUCCAUGUUUUCCUCCGUGUUGACGCCGCCGCUGCUGCUGUCGUCUGAUUCAUCUCUGCGUUAAAAAAAAAAAACAACUACAAAACACACCGGGUAACUGAGGUGGGGCCAAGCAGUGGGAAAAAGCCCUCCCCUGCUUCUCAUUGGUCUUCUAUACCAUGAGCUCUGGCUCCGCCCAGGAUGUGGCGGUGGAGCAUUUCCUGCGUGACAUAGAGAGGCGGGGCCAGCGGCUGCACUGCGCUGUGAUUGGCUGCGAGGAGGAGCCUCUCCGUGGCGACAUGAACCUACUGUACCGCAAGAGCCGACUGGACUGGAGACAUCGAGAUCAGGAGGGCAAGAAGAGCUCCAGUUGUAAAGAUGCCUCAUCAGCGACGGUGGGGAAAGUCCGUGACCUGGCAUCAUUCCGCCGUCAUUUCAGAAUGGGUUUUAUGACCAUGCCGGCGUCUCAGGACCUGUCUCCACACUCCUGCGCCGCUGCCAUGGCACCACGCUCUCAGUCCUGCCACGCCGUGGGCACGGGGGAGGGCGAGAGUCUGGAGAAUGGAGACUACCCUGACUCAGACACACAGUCUACACCCAACACCUCCCGCUGCCCACCAGCCAAACCCAAACGCCACCCCAGCACACGCCUCAGCUCAACACCCCAGCAGGAGCAUCCGGCCCGGGGAAGCCACGGCCCUCCGGACGCUCCACCCCCGCCACCCCCUCAGAAUUCAAAACACUCAGAGAAGAAGAAUGCAAUGAAAAAGUCAGAUUCGGGUGAGAUGCAAGGGAGGAAGGUGCCACCCCAGAAGCCUAAGCGGAGCCCAAGCACUCAGCUCUCCUUUGACCCACCGCCACCACGUGUCCCACCCCCAGCCACACCUCUUCCCUUCCAGAGUGCAGAUCCUUCGCCUCAUGGUGAGGGUGGGGAUGACGAGCCUGUCUACAUCGAGAUGGUGGGUCAGGUGUUCACCAGAGAGACCUCUGGAGCACAGACACCUCAUCCACUCACACCCAGCGCCACCACGCCCGACUCCGACUCGGACCAGGGCGAAGCUAUUUAUGAGGAGAUGAAGUAUCCCAUAGCUGAGGAUGCAGCACGUGACGCCCAGCGCCGCCUGCCACCCAAACACAGAUCGGCCAAAGCCUACCACCACUCUUCCUCUAUCUCUUCCUCCUCUUCUUCCUCCCUUCCUCGACCGGCGUCCUCCUCUCCUUCCUGCCCUUCAUCCUCCUCCAAACCCAAAGCUACCGUGUCCAUCUCCCACUCCUCCCCUCUUCCGUCCUCCACCUCCUCUGCCUCCUCUACCCCCGUGCCCUUGCAGCCCCUUUCCACCUCUCCCCACCCACCCCGUGCCCCCACCCCCUUCCUCCUGCCUGGAACUAAGUCAGAAUCAGAGAUUGGCAGCUCCAGCAAGAUCCCAGCACCGUUUCCCAACCUGCUGCAACACAAACCACCUCUGCUGGCCUUCCCCCAACCCGCCGCUGCCUCCAGUGGCAUUUCAGCGCAGCACAAGAGCAGCUCUGCCAAAUCGGGGAACUCCAGUGGUCAGGCACCCUCGAGCCUGCCUCCAAAUGCUGGCUCGUCCAGCUCCAAAGAGAGCUCGGGAGGAGAGAAGGACAGAGAGAAGGACAGGAAGGAUGGGCAUUUAGGUCCAGCGCCAGGCCUCAGAGCAAGGAGCCACUCUACCCCUUUGCCUCCAUCCUCCAAAUCUUCCUCACCGUACUCCCACCAUCAUCACCAUCACCACCCCCACCACCGGCCAUCGCACUACCACCACUACCGGAAACCUGAAAAGGAGUCGUCGAAAUCCAGAGACAGCUACAAAGAUGGAGGUCCCUCUCAGUCCUCGGCUCAGACCCAGACCAAGGAGGGCAAGUCCGUCAGCUUCCUGCUUAAGUCGGACAAGUCGGAGAGAGAGAGGGACCGGGAGAGGGACAGAGAGAGAGACACACCAGAUUCCAGCCACUCUGAAUCAGUCGUACACACGUCCCAGACCGGCACUAGCACCACCCCCACGCCUAGCCUUCCUCUCGCGACCUCAUCGUCGUCUUCGCUGUCGUCUGCGACGCAAUCCUCCUCCUCGUCAUCCUCUCAGAGGCCCCACUCUCGACCUCACCUGCAGCGCUCGCACACCCCGCACCUGCCCGCCUACAAGCCUCCUCCCUCCGACAGCCCCUUGCUCUGGACCUACCCCUCAGUGGGCUUCCGGCGGCCCCCAGCAUACGACAGCCUGCGUGGGGGUCCGCAGCUACCCAUUCUUCAACAUUCAGAGGGCGGGGCUAAGGGCGGAACCUCAACCACGCAGGCCCACCAGCAGGCCAAGGCCGGGUUUCUGCCGUGGGACAGCAGCAGCAGCCUGGGCAUCGACGAGCAGGCCUACUGGCCCAUGCACAGGAAACUGUCAUUCAGCCACAGCAGCAGAGACACAGAGAAAGAAGAUGCUCGCGUGUGGAACGGCAGUACUGACGCUUUGUUGAGGAGAGACAGAGACGAUGUUGGAGUUGGAGUGCGGGGCGGAGGUCAUUCUGGGAUACCUGUGCGGGCGUCCGGCAGAAUUGGGCACAGUGAGAGCCUGGCAGGGGCAGAUGGACCCCCAGGGUUUAGGGCGCUGCCAAGAGCAGGACUGCCCUUACCCUGCCAAACUUUCCCUGCCUGCCGAAACGGAGAGCUGGGUCGGUUGGGGAGAUCGUCCUCCACGUCAGGAGUGAGGCAGGCAGGAGGAGAUGUUCAGAGGCAGAGCAGCCUGCCGGCCAGAGAAGCCCUGAGUCAGCUUCAGGCUCUAUCUCAGGCUCCCUGCAGCCCCUCCCUAACCCGUCCGCAGAUGCAGGCGCAGCAGCAGGCUCAGUUCCAGCUCCAGCAGCUCCAUCAGCACCACCUGCAACUGCAGUUCCAGCAGCUGGCUCAGCUCGCGGCACAGGCUCAACCUCCAGCCUCUGGAGGCGGCGGUCCCGGCUCGGGCGGCCCGGUGCAGCGCGACGGUAAACUGCUGGAGGUGAUUGAGAGAAAGCGGUGCCUGUGUAAGGAGAUUAAAGCCCACCGGCGGCCCGACAAGAGCCUGUGUAAACAGGACAGCAUGCCCAUCCUCCCCAGCUGGAGGAAAACGCCUGAACCUCGCAAAACAGGCACUCCACCCUGCCAGAGACCGCAGGCCGUGGUGUGGGACACAGCCAUCUGACAAAGACAGAAGGAAGGAUGGCACGAAGGAGUGAAAUAGAGGAGGACACGUUUGGAUGGUCAUGUGUCUGAACGCUGAAAGGGGAGAUAGAUAGAUGGAUAGAUAUGCUAUGUUCACAUUACACUGCUGAAGUUUAGAGUUUGAAAUUCAACAUACAGCCUAACAUUUACCUUUGAAAAUUAACUAACCCAACAAGAUUUUACCCAACAUGCAGCUACAGUAACUCCCUAACA